AAAUCUCUCUUUCUAACGUAGUCAAAUUGCCAGAUGUAUCUGACUCAAUAAUGAUUUUGUACUGAUUUUUAUCAUUACUAUAAAACUGGGUUUUCAAAAUUACAAUUUGGGUGAAAGUAAAAUUUUCAUUGCAGAAGAAGAUUUUAUUAGUGAAUACCAAAUGUUUGAUGAAAUGAGUCAGUUAGAAAGAGCAUUACAUAGUUUAAGACCCUUAGUUUUAGAGUCUGAUAAUUGGGAUUAUUUUGUUGUUUGGAAGCUUGGUGAUGAUCCUUCUAGGUUUAUUGAAUGGAUGGGUUGCUGCUGUAAUGGUAGUAAGAAGCAGGAAAAUGGGUUGAAGAAGGUGAAGAAACAGAAGGCCGGUAGUUCAAACCAAGUUUGUAGGGAUGAUUCUUUUGUUCAUUUAGCUAAUACUAAGUCUUGUGAAGCUCUUGCUAAAUUUCCUCCAUUUUUGUCGGUUUUUUCUGGGCUUCAUGGAGAAGUUGUGAUUUCCUGUCAACCCCAUUGGCUUUCGGCUGAUUCAAAGGAAUCCUGUGGAACCCAUGUUCUAAUACCUGUGUUUGGUGGUCUAGUAGAGCUGUACUCAUCAAAGCUUCUAGAACGAAAUGAAAGCAUAAUAGAAUAUGUGGAAGCUCUGUUCAACAUCAAGUCAGAACUGGAAACUAUGUCCACCUCUACUCUAACAUUUGAUGGGCAAUCCAUCAACUCAUACGUCGAUAAGAGCAUUAGUUGCAUAUCAUCCCUAAAUCAAGCGAACAUUCCAACUUGGCCUCAACCUUUGAUCCCAUUAGCCCUUCACAGCAGUGAGACAAACUUAGAUGGAUCCUCUACUGGUUCAUUUCCUUUAGAUGAGCGCCCUUCUCCUGAUUCCAACCCUUGUUCCGCGGCUCAUCAAAAAUCCUUAAAGCUGCUCACUGCCAAUCACGAAAAUUCUAUCAUCCCUGUGGACAGAAUAGACAAUAGACGUAAGCCUGAAAAAGGACAGUGCAAAUCAAAGAAUCUUAUAACAGAAAGGAAUAGGAGACAGAGGAUUAACGAUGGAAUUCUUGCUCUUCGCGCUCUGGUCCCAAAGAUCACCAAGAUGCACAAAGCUGCAACACUAGCAGAUGCAAUUGAUUAUAUAGUAGAGCUAAAUAAUGAGAUCAAGGAACUAAAAGGUGAGCUUAAAAGUUCGAGCGUUGAAGACUCUUACAGGAAGAACACUUCGACACUAAAAGUUUCCGGUUUGGAUAAAAAGGUCAGGGAGCCGAACCAAGCUAACACCUCUCUUGCAGAAGGACCAAAACUAGAGGUUCUUGUACAAACGAACAAGCUCAGUACCGGCAAUUUCUUGCUGAGAAUUGUAUGCCAACAAAGACACGGUGUGUUCACAAAAUUGCUUCAGGCUCUAGAUUAUCUGGAUUUACCUGUAGAAGAUGUCAAUCUCACGACGUGCCAUGGAAAAUUAUCAGCACUUUUUGUAGUUCAGUCGAAAAAGGAAGAGAUUCGAGAGGAGGACUUAAAGGACUCACUGCAUCUUGCAGGAUUUAGUUCAAGUUUCGAUUCAGGCCGCAACAAUUACUAUUUAUCGAGAACUUAGCUGCUUUUUGUAUCUUUAUUGAUGACUUGAUGAUGAUGUAUUUUUUCAUUUUGAGCUAUCAGAUAUAAUAUUUUACUU